CCCUGCCUCUGUGUCUUUGAUUGGAGGGAAACCCCGUGGAUGAGCGGGAGAGAUCAUCAGCUGUGCCGCCGGGAAUCAGGAACAGCAUCGUCUAACGACACUCACAGCCCACACCGGAGCCAUGGCCGACAAGGAGGAGCAGGUACAGAAAGCCAAACUGGCCGAGCAGGCUGAGCGCUAUGAUGACAUGGCUGCAGCCAUGAAGGCUGUUACUGAGGAGGGCUCGGAGCUCAGCAACGAGGAGCGCAACCUGCUCUCCGUUGCCUACAAGAAUGUGGUGGGGGCUAGGAGGUCCUCCUGGAGGGUGGUGUCCAGCAUGGAGCAGAAGUCUGAUGACAGCGGUAAGACCGCACUGGCCAAGGAGUACAGAGAGAAGAUCGAGAAGGAGCUGAAUGACAUCUGCAAGGAAGUCUUGGACCUGCUUGACAAACAUCUGAUCCCCAAUGCUACGCCUGCUGACAGCAAAGUGUUCUACCUGAAGAUGAAGGGAGACUACUAUCGCUACCUGGCUGAGGUGGCCACUGGAGAGGACAAGGAGGCCAUCAUCAAUAACUCACAAGAAGCCUAUCAGAAGGCCUUGGAAAUCAGCUACAAAGAAAUGCAGCCUACACAUCCCAUCCGCCUAGGCCUUGCUCUUAACUUCUCCGUCUUCUACUACGAGAUCGUCAACUCACCUGAGAAGGCCUGCCAACUGGCCAAGAAAUCCUUUGAUGAUGCCAUUGCUAUGCUGGACACCCUCAACAGUGACUCCUACAAAGACAGCACCUUGAUCAUGCAGCUGCUCCGUGACAAUCUGACACUGUGGAUGUCAGACGCCCAGGGUGAGGGCGAGGGCGAGGGCGAGGGUGAGGGAGAGGAGACGGAGCAGGCAGCUGAGAAGAACUGAACUUCAGAGAAAAAAACAAAACAAAAAACAAAAACACACAUUUUUUACCUCUCACCAGCCUAAGUUGUGUGUGUGGUUGUGUGUUCACAUACAUGCACAGAUAUGUAUGUUUACACUCCACUCACAAUGUGUAAAGUACAGUAUGUGUGUGCAGAUACAUUGAAGUGUGUGUGUGGGUGUGUGUGUGUGUGUGUUAAUUGUAUGAGCACCUCCACAGAGAAAAGAAUGGAAUAGUUCUGUUUUGUUUUUUUGGGACAUUACUCAUUGUGUGAACCAGUGGAUGUUUAUUUUUUUGUUUUGUUCUCCGUCUGUGGUUUAGUCCAGAUGAAAUCCCUCCUUUAGAUCCAAAUCAGCCCCAUUCUCUUUAACCUUAUUCACUGUAGCAAACUGCUGCUGUUGCAGGAAAACACAAACAACAAACCUCUGACUGUAAUUUUGAUAAUUUGUAUGUUUUUACUUGAACUGAACAUUUUUGAUCUUUGUGACACGUGGGUCUGAGAAAACUCCUUUGAAGCGUGCCAACUGUAAAAGUGGUCACAUCAGUCUGAAUUCACCAAAUUUUAGGUCUCAUCUGAUACUAGCAGUGAUCAUAUACAUGGCAGGAUUCACUUUGGUAAAGAUCUAUUACCAUAUUGCUUGUAUUCAUCCCGCCCUGUCGGUUGUCCAGUGUAGCAGGUAGUGAUUUUUAUGGAUGGUACAUGUGUCAUGGCUCAGUGGAUUCUAUGUGCAUUCGGCCGUAGGAAAGGUUUUCUGUAUGAAUGGCCACUUGCGAAAACUGUAGUUAAACUUUGGUUGAUCGUUUUGUUGAGAGGAUUACAUUCCAUUUUACUGACAUCUUUUCACUCAGUGAAAUGUGUAGACUAUAAUUUCCUGCAAUUUUCCAUACCACAUGACAAGGUAUAGACAGCCUAAGAUAAAGUGAACAACUUGAUAAAAUGGCUUGAUACUGUAACUUUUGAUAUUUUAUCUUUUCAGCAGUGCAGAAGAUACUUUUGCCAUGUGCUUUUAUGUGGCUUUCUACUCUUUUCUAUUCAGGUGUUUUUGUAUUUUCUUUUUGUGUAUUUUAUUCCCUUUGACUCUUGAUUUGACUCCUGGAAUGUAUGUGGUUCUCAGUAGUAUGGUGUGAGGGUUAGGCGUGCUUUGAAACUGGCAGUUUUUGUUUAGGAUUUAGCUUGAACCAGGUGGUUUACAGUAACAUUUACCUUCCUUGAAAGUACAUUGUGAAAAGACAAACUAAAAUAAUUCUAAAUAUAAAUUGAAUAUAAAGUAUAACUUGGUGAAAAGCUGCGUUAUGGCCAUUUAGUAGUCACAAAGUAGUGCCAGUUUCUUCUAAUUACAGUAUCUUGGUUUUAGAAAGAUGGGAUGCAGGACUCAGAAAUUGCAAGUUACACUCCGAGUACGUUAUUUGGUUAUGUGCUUUCAUGUAAGUGGAAUUAAAACAUUAAAAUCAA